GUAGGAAUGGAGGGGAAAAAACUGAUUUCUGCAACAGACACUCAGUAUUCUAGUGUGCUCCUUCAGUCUUUGAAUGAACAACGAGGCCACGGACUUUUUUGUGAUGUCACUGUUAUCGUGGAGGACCGGAAAUUUCGAGCUCACAGAAACAUCCUUUCGGCCUCAAGCACUUACUUCCACCAGCUUUUCUCAGUGGCUGGGCAAGUGGUCGAACUGAGCUUUGUAAGGGCAGAGAUUUUUGCAGAAAUUCUUAACUAUAUUUAUAGUUCCAAAAUAAUCAGCAUUCGAUCCGAUUUACUUGAUGAACUGAUUAAAUCAGGACAACAGCUGGGUGUGAAAUUCAUAGCUGAUCUGGGCAUACCUCCGUCUGAAGGAAAAAAUAUGCCAAGCGAGGUCAAAGGUGGUGCUUCAGGAACCUCAACUUCUAGCCCAGGCCAAAAGGAUGCUGAAACACAAGUACCUGUAAUAAGGCCAGAGAGUCGAGAGGUAGCGGAUGGGAUGCCGGUUAUAACGCAAUCAUUCUCCUUACAUGGCAUAGAAUAUGAGACUACGAAAAUUACAGUGAGUGAUUCAGACGAUGAGGAUGAUGAUGUAAUUUUUUGCUCUGAGAUUGUUCCCCCAAAAGAAUGUACUAAAGAUACAAAUGCUGGAACCCAGAACCUGCCUUGCUCAAGUCCAGCUGGAGUUUCUGACCAAAAAUCGUGUGGCAGUGGUGGCUCUCCCCAUUUGACGAGCAGCACAGCAGCUCCAAAACUCACUCCGUCUGCCAGUCAGCUAAGCCCAAACCAAACACAAUCAAGUGCCGAAUCGCUUGUCCCUGCCACGCCGCAGCAUUUGACUCCUAAUAUCAUUGUGCUAAAUAAGCCUCUGCUUAACUCCUCGCUCAGUGCCAGCUCCUUGCAUCAAACACAUGUGACCCCCACAAUUAAUUUAGUUGAGGAGAACCAGCAGCCGUCUAAUAAUGGCUCCUUAACUGAAGUGGAAACAACUGCUGUUGAUGAUGAAGAGGUUGCUGAAGAUGAUGUCGAUGUCAUUAGCUCUUCUAGUCCUGGUUCAGUCAGCAGUAGCUCUUUGGUUCAGCAACCUUCUCUACCCAAGGCAGCAACCCCUGAAGGAUCGGGUGUACAGAAAAAACAGGUGGUUACGUUUUCAGAAGAGCCAUUUUCUAAACCUGGAGAAUUUAAAAUAAAAAUCUCAGAUGUCCUUACUGGAAACAACAAGGAAUUUGGUUCAGGUGUAGCACCAAAGCAUGUGGCAGAAGGGCAGAAAAUCAUAACGUUGGAUACAGCAACUGAAAUAGGAGGCUUAUCCACAGGCUGUAAGGUGUAUGCGAAUAUCGGUGAGGACACAUACGACAUAGUCAUUCCUGUCAAGGGUGAUUCCGAGGAGGGCGAAGCCAAGCCUGCUGAGACACCUAGGACAUCUGGUGGUGCUUCUCCGAACAGAAAACGCAUGAAAGUAAAGCACGACGACCACUACGAGCUCAUAGUGGAUGGAAGAGUCUACUACAUCUGUAUCGUGUGCAAGAGAUCGUACGCGUGCCUGACGAGCUUGCGGAGACAUUUUAACGUUCACUCCUGGGAGAAGAAGUAUCCGUGUCGAUACUGCGACAAGGUUUUUCCUCUUGCAGAGUACCGUACAAAGCAUGAAAUUCACCACACCGGUGAGCGAAGGUACCAGUGCUUGACGUGUGGCAAAACUUUCAUCAACUACCAAAUUACGGCCUCCCACAUAAGAUCAGUUCAUAGCCAAGACCCUUCUGGAGAUACCAAGCUUUAUCGGCUGCAUCCUUGCAGGUCUUUGCAGAUCAGACAGUACGCGUACAUAAGCGAUCACUCGAGCAGUAUACCAGUCAUAAACGAGGGUGGAAUUGUUUAUCGCGUUGGCACAGGGAAGGAUGGCACUGAAGGAACAACAUCUAACCCUCCAGCCAAACAAAUUACCUGGGAUGACAUUUUCAUUCCGCAGGGAAAUGAAGCAAUUUUUAAACAAAAUCCAUCAGAGGGAAGUACUGAAUUUGAGUUUGUAAUACCGGAGUCUUACUGAAACGCAUUAAAUGCUGGAAGAAGGAUUCUCUGCAGAAAUACUGCAGCUGUUUUAAACGAACUGUUAAAACCACUGUAAAAUCAAAUGUUAAAGUGAAAACAACUUGUUCUACCAAGUCAUCAAAUGGUGGUAGCACUUAG